AUGCGACGAAGAAAUGCUAUAACUGGGGGCGCAACGAAUGCCUUAACUAGCGUUUUGGUCAAAAUACCAACUUUGACGGCAGCAUUGCCGGUGUCUGCGUUUUACAAGAGACUAUCAGAUGAAGACCCAGAACAUAUGGGAGGCCGGCUUUACACGUAUUUGCCGGUGUCUGUUGCACUAGUUUUAUUAGGUGGUGUGUUUGCAGGUCUUACUCUGGGGUUAAUGGGUCAGGAUGAGAUGUAUCUUAAGGUCAUCAGCAGCUCAGGGACACACAGCGAGCAAAAGUAUGCCCGCCGUGUGCUGCGUUUAAUUGGCCGCGGAAAACACUGGGUUCUUGUUACGUUGUUAUUGAGCAACGUCAUCACCAAUGAGACCCUACCUAUUAUGUUAGACCGUUGUUUCGGUGGUGGCUGGCAGGCUGUUGUUACCAGUACGGUUCUGAUUGUUGUCUUUGGAGAGAUCAUUCCUCAGUCUAUUUGUGUGAGGUAUGGACUCCAAGUAGGAGCUUGGUUUAGCCCCUUUGUUCUGGGUUUAAUGUACUUGAUGUAUCCUGUCGCAUACCCAAUUGCACUAUUACUCGAUUGGAUCUUGGGUGAAGACCACGGUAUAGUGUACAAGAAGUCGGGACUGAAGUCUCUGGUCACCCUACAUAAAACAAUGGGUGUUGAGCGGCUGACGCAAGACGAAGUGACCAUUAUCUCUGCUGUCCUGGACUUAAAAGAAAAACAGGUCGAUGAAAUUAUGACGCCUAUAGAGAAUGUUUUCACUAUUAGUGCGGACAAGAUUUUGGACGAGAAAGCUGUCGGCGAGUUAUUUAACUCUGGUUUCUCUCGUAUCCCUAUCUAUCUCCCUGGUCAACCUACUAAUUUUAUUGGUAUGUUGUUGGUAAGAGUUUUGAUAUCUUAUGAUCCUGAGGAUGCCCUCCCAGUUUCUCACUUCCCGCUUGCUACUUUGCCUGAAACUUCACCCAUGACAUCUUGUUUGAACAUCCUGAACUAUUUCCAGGAGGGAAAAUCACACAUGUGUCUUGUUUCUAGAGAGCCGGGAUCUUCCGCCGGUGCCUUGGGUGUUGUCACUUUGGAAGACGUGAUUGAAGAGCUUAUUGGCGAAGAGAUCGUUGAUGAAUCAGACGUUUUCGUCAACAUCCACCAGCGAAUUAUGCGCGAGCAACCUGGGCCACUAUCAAAGCGUCAUGUGACGGCAUACCUACACUCGUUGUACACCUCGUCUAACAGAGCUUCAGCUGCCGAAGCUGCCGUGGCAUCGCCUCCCGGUAGCCAACACGAGGGGCGCUUGUAUGCACCAGAUGUCAUGGUGCCUAUGAAUCCUGCCGCUAAUCCUCUUCACGUGUCGAAUCCGCAUAUAACUGUUAAACGACAGGCGGAUAUUUUGCAAAACUCAGCUACGCCGAACACUGGCAGGGAAACCUCGCAGGUGAAGUCAAAAAAUUCGUCUUCUCUCGCAAAUGGCUACGGAGAAUAUUCUCAAGAUACCCCGAACAUUAAUGGCUCAUCACGUAAUGGCUAUGGCAGUACAUUUAUGACACCUCCUCGAAUGUCGCUACUUUCAGACCACGAAGAAUAUGCGAAUAAAGCCGCCAUGGUCACACGCGAAACUGGUGCUACUGCUACUGCAGUAACAACCUCGCAAAGUCCGAACAGACGCUACAAUAUCUCCUAUUCAUUGCCGCAACCCUCUCAAAUGCAGCCGCAAAGGUCCAUUGAUAUGUCCUCUCGUCACAGUGAUACUAUUACCUACAAAGAAGCGGAUUCAGAUAAAGUGCAUUGUAACAUCAUCUCAACCACAUACCGCUAUACCAAGAAUGGUAUUGUCGAAUCCGUUAUCACUGUAGAAGGUGUUCCUAAAACGAUACUUGAACCUGCGGUUGAUUGGGACGAUUCCAACUGUUUGCACGUGACCGAGACUGAUAAUUCCGACGAAGGCAGCCGUAGUAAUCGGGGUGUUGUGAAGAAAAUCAAUAGUAUUAAUUCCUCAUUGUCUUCGAAGUCAUAA